AGGACAAUGAAGUACUUCAACCCGCAUGGACCAGCCCCCAAGCGCAAGCCCAAGGUGCCCGUCAAGCCCACCGUCACGGGGGUGUGGUCCCCGGACGAGCACAAGCGAUUUCUGAUUGCGCUCGAGCAAUUCCCCCACGGCCCUUGGAAGGCGAUCGCGACCCACGUCGGGACGCGCACAGCACGCCAAACGCAAACGCACGCGCAGAAGUACCGUCAAAAGCUCAUUCGGAGGGUGCCCUGUCCCGACCAAGCCAAAGACGUCAUGUUCAGCCUCGUCCAGGCCGACUUGAGCGAAACCCUCGCUGAUAGUAGCGCGGCGUCCUCCCCGCGACAAGUUCCCGUCGAGGUCAAGGCCGAAGACGACGACAACAUAUCCAACGUAGUCGACGAACUCAACAACGCUCUCACGUUCCUGCCAUCCCUCGACACGUGCUUGGACUUUUUCUGGCAUACUCUAAUGGUCGAGUCAGAUCCCUAGCUCUUUAGUCUGUCCGAUAUUUAUAGUACCGAGUUCUCUUAUAUUUUGACGUCCAAUUCUAGCAUAAAUCAUAAACACCACCUCCGUAA